CUCCCCAUUAACACACAGCUUCAAAAUCCACUCUUAAGACUUCCAAAACUCACAGCUUCAAAAUAGAGUGAAGUCUCAAUACAACCCAGAAGAUUUCAAAAAACAUGUCCAUAGAAACCGAAAGCUUCUCGAACUCAGACUGGGCUCUCUUGGAGUCGAUCCGUCAGCAUCUUCUUGACGACGAUUUCGAUACCCAGUUGGGUUUUUUCGCAGAUUCUCCUGCUCAACGUACUUCCAGCUCUAACAGCACUGAGAUAUCGAACAGUGAUGCGGAGAUAGUGGGGCGGAACCAAGCAUUCACUAGCGAAUUUGAGGAGGUGGCGGCGGAGCGUGAACACCACGCGCCAUCGGCACCGAGGCAUUUUAGGGGAGUGAGGAGGCGGCCGUGGGGAAAGUACGCGGCGGAGAUAAGGGACCCGAAGAAGAACGGGAUGAGAGUGUGGCUCGGAACCUACGAGACGGCGGAGCAUGCCGGAUUGGCUUACGACCGAGCCGCUUUCAAAAUGCGUGGCUCCAAAGCUAAGCUUAACUUUCCUCACUUGAUUGGCGCGCAUGAUAUGGAGGUGGGCCGUGUGUUUCCCAAGCGUGCCUCGCCGGAGCCGGCAUCUCCGUCCUCCACGACGUCGUCUGAAGAUGGCUCGCCGAAGCCAAAGAGGAGGAGGGGUGGAGGGGACUCGGCUGCGGCGAAAGCCAAGUUGGAUGAAGCUGCUCGAGAGUUUCAACUGUUCCAAGUGGACUCAUUCACAUUUGGCAACGAAUUAUUGGUUGAGGAUAUGGUGCUCUUGUCACCAUCUGAAUGCUCAGACAUUCUUUCUUUUUUGUAGUGAUUUUUCCGGCGAACGAAAAUGUAAAUUUGCAUUAUGAGUAUUAGCUUCUUCAGAUUUAGAUCA